AUGGCAAGUCGGACUGCGCUCGCCGUGUGCGUCAUGGACGGCGAGACCGUGCUGCAGCGCUCGAUCACGCAGAUCCUGCCGAGCAUGACCUUCCACGAGAUCCUCGCGGCCUUCGCCGGCGGGCGCUUCGCCGCCUGCGUCGCCGACACCCAGGUCAAAGUCGGCGACGCUACCUCCAAGUACGCCAACAUGCACACGGAGAUGGACGAGGCCGACAUGCACAUGACGUUCGAGGCCACGCUCGACAUUGUCGGCGAGAUCAAGAAGAUCGUGUACCUCCUUGGCGUCGCGCCAACGCCGCCCGUGACCGCGGCGCCGGCGAACGAAGCGGUGUCGUUGCCGCCGCCUCCGCCCGCCAUCCCGUACGUGCAGCGCGUCCGUAGCCGCAAGCCCAGCGAGUCGGGACAGACGUCCGUGGCCAAGCAGCGUGUCUUGACCGAGGUCGCAACCAUCAUUUACGAAAACCUGCCCGCCGACACCAAGUACGUCCACCUUCCGUCCAAGUACACGGUGCCGAGCGAGCCGCCGUUCCCCGCCCAUCUGCACGGCGCGACCCUCGACAUUGCGCUCUUUCGCGAAUGGUACCGCAAGCGCCGCCUCGAGCCCGACGUCGUCGAGGUCCUUGACGCGCUCCACUUUGUCUGGGACCUGAACCAGUUCAAGUGGGAUCUCCAUCUGCGCUGCUUGCAGACGUUCCGGGCGCUCAAAGGCCACCUCCGCGUGCCCGAUCGGUUCGUCGUGCCGGCCGACGACCCAGCGUGGCCGAAGGACCUCGUCGGAAUCCAUCUCGGGCACGUCGUGCACAACAUUCGCGGCUACGGCAUGGAGAGCAAGCAGGCGCGGUCGAAGGAGCUCGAGGCGCUCGGGUUCAUCUGGGACAGCCACGAGGCCACGUUCCAGUCGCACCUUGUCGCGCUCAAGCGCUUCAAGGAGCUCCACGGACACAUCAAGGUGCCCCAGUUCUUUGUCGUGCCGGCCGACGACGAGACGUGGCCAGCCGAGUUUUGGGGGCUCAAGCUCGGCCGCGUCGUCAUCAACUUGCGCCAGCGGCUGCCAUUAUUGCCCGCGUCGCGCAAGCAAGCGAUGGACGAACUCGGUAUGGUGUGGUGCGCGAGCAAGAAGUUUAGCUGGGAACACCGGCUCCUCGGUCUCGAGACGUACCACCGGUACUACAACCACCUCAAGGUCCCCAAGUCGUUCCAAGUGCCCGAGAACGACCCGGCGUGGCCCAAGGAGGUGUGGAACAUGCAGCUCGGCUGGGUCGUCAAGGACUUGCGCAACAAGGAGCACACGAUGCCGCUCGUUCGCAAGCGCAAGCUCGAGUCGAUGGGGUUUGUCUGGACCGUCCAUAACACCACCAAGGCGACGCCGCCGCCGACCGAGACGCCGCCAUCGCUCGUUCAGGCGCUGCCCACCGGCCUCCUCACGGACAACAUGAUGCUCAUGAUGCCAACACCGACGCAGCCGAUGAUGCACCAUCACAUGCCGUUCGACCAUGCGGCAGCGGCCAUGCACCACCACCAUCACCAGCAACAACAGCAGCAGCAGCAGCAACAGCAGCAGCUGCACCACCAGUUUCAGGUGCACAGCCGAGGCUACAACAUGUAA